CUCUCUCUCUCUCUCUCUGCUAAUGUAGGUUAAGCUGCUGUGAUAUGACAGAUGAAGGUUGUUCUGAUGUGACUUCAGCUCUGAAAUCAAACCCGUCACACCUGAGAGAGCUGGACCUGAGCGGGAAUAAACUAGGAGACUCUGGAGUGAAAAACCUCAGUGAUCUACUGAUGAACCCACAAUUCAAGCUGGAGAAACUACAUCUGAGUGAAUGCAGUAUUACAGAGGAACAGAGUCUCAUCCUGACUUCAGCUCUGAAAUCAAACCUGUCACACCUGAGAGAGCUGGACCUGAGCGUGAAUAAACUAGGAGACACAGGAGUGAAGCACUUAUGUGCCGUACUGAAGGAUUCACACUGUAAACUGGAGAGAUUGAGGUUAAGCUGCUGUGAUAUGACAGAUGAAGGUUGUUCUGAUGUGACUUCAGCUCUGAAAUCAAACCCGUCACACCUGAGAGAGCUGGACCUGAGCGGGAAUAAACUAGGAGACUCUGGAGUGAAAAACCUCAGUGAUCUACUGAUGAACCCACAAUUCAAGCUGGAAGAACUACAGUUAGUGUCAUUAUACUGUACAGCAAUUACAGUGUGACUGAAGUUUAUUUAU